AUGGACGGCAACGAUGCCAUGAAGCUCCUCGUGCCCACCGCGGCCUUUGCUGUCGGAGUCGGACUCUUGUUGUAUUUCUGGCCAAGGCCACCGAAGGUCUUCCUGACGCGGGAGCGGAAGAGAGUGCAGGUGUCUGAUGUUGUGGAGCUGUCCCAUGACACAAAACGAAUCCGGCUCUCCUUCGGAAGCAAGAAGAUGAUUCUUGGCUUGCCUGUGGGCAAACACAUCGUCAUCUAUGCCCCUAAUCCCCCGAGUGCCAUCUCGUCGAAGAGUUGGAACGGGAAGCCGGACUCAGACAAAGGAAAGCCUGAGAUUGACAGGAAGUACACACCAGUCACCGGAAACGAAGCGCCGGGCUACGUUGAUCUCGUAGUCAAAAUCUACAGACCUGGCACGGUCAAAAUGCCGGAUGGCAAGGAGAUGAACUGGGAAGACGGUGGAAAGAUGGGCCUCUACCUCGACAGCAAGAAGCCUGGGGAUUGGAUUGAGAUUGCAGGGCCGCUUGGUGUCAACGAGUACCUGGGCCGGGGAACUUUCAAACUUCCGGGUAAGACUGUAACCGUCAAACACAUUGGGAUGUUGGCAGGAGGAACUGGGCUGACUCCCAUGCUCCAGGUGGUGCAAGCCGCGCUUCGAGAUGCUAGUGACGCUUGCAACUUUUAUUUGAUUUACGCGAACAAGACUGAGAAUGAUAUCUUGUGCCGUGACAUGCUCGACGACCUCGCCAGGAAUAGCAAAGGUCGGUUUAAACUGUACUACACUCUGGAUUUUCCGCCAGAGAACUGGGCGCACAAGACCGGCUUCAUCACCGCUGACAUGAUCAAAGAGUGCUUGCCACCGCCAUCAGCGGACACUCUGGUGCUGAUGUGUGGGCCGCCUCCGAUGAUCGAAUUUGCGUGCAAGAAGAACCUGGAGAUGACUGCCUUUUUCGUCUCGGCAGUGCAUGUGUUUGACAUGUGGGCAUUCCGUCCGGCGCUUGGGGCCGACCGACCACGCAAGGAUCCAAAGUGUCCACGCGUCCCAAGUCUGGAACAAUGA